UCAUCGUUAUGAGAAUAAUUUCUUUUCAAAUUCGGCCCCUGAGUUGAGGCGCUCUUGGUGGUAAAAAAGGUCAUGAUAAAACAUCCCUUGCGCCUAGCCCCCCCACCCGCACCCGGGGUCGUUGGGUCCUCCGACUGGAUCCGCUGGGCCCCCCGGCCCCCUCUCUCCUCCCACCUUUGCUAACCCCCCCAGACGGUACCACCCCAGAAACCACCCAGAACUUGCCCAAGACAAGUUUCAUCUUGGUCAAACCAAACCACAAGCUGGUUCCUCUAACUGCCUCAGGGGCCACCUCGAUCAGAGGCCAAUAAAUACGGCCCAGCCUCCCCAAACGGUCAUCUAGGAGACGCUCUCUUCCGGAGAAAGGCCGCUCAACCUCCUUGUCCACCCUCGCCCCCGGACCCCGCCCGAGCCCGAGGUUCCCGGUCCGGGCAACCGCUCCCUUCUGCUGUCUCGGGGACCACAGGCAUCGAGCAGCCAACAGCAGAGAUGCAGAUCCUCCGGGCCCUGCCCCUGGCCACCCUUCUCGCUCUGAGCCUCCUGAGUUUUGGAUGUGAUUCCGCUUUGCCCAUCGAUGAAGGCGUUCUUUUCAGGAUCAUUGAAAAUCUGCGUUGCUUUCAGCCAUGCGAUCGAAGGGGGCCAGUGCAGUACGCCGUCGGCAUCAGACUGGGAGAGGCCGUCUGCACCGGGUCCAAACAGAUGAACCUGUCAACUCAGUUGCCUCAAAUGAAGAAACAACUUCAUGAUCUAGGGGGGCUCUACAAUGGGGAGAGUCUGGUAGCUGCUAGAGUCCAGGGAAAUAUAGGGGAAUACAGGGUCCAUGCAGAAUGGCGCCUGUUGUCUCAUGCCAACAAUAACAGGAGUUGGGUGCAGCAGCUCUUGUCAAGAAACAACAAUGAGAGAUGCCUGAUCUUCUACACUUUCCGAUCGCCCUGCAAGAGCCGUUGUCUUAACGAAACACACAACUCUAACAUCAUUAAUAGCGUUAGGGAAGUGUUUAAUCUAGUCCAGAGAGGGGCCUUUGUGUUUGAUAGAGUCUACGAAGAAGUCACCAAUACUACGCAGAGAGAUGAGCUGGUGAGGGCCUGGAGCAACCUCGGCAACAUCCCCACGUAUCACUGCUAUACCAAAAGCUGCGUCUACUGCAGCAGGGAUCAAAAUACCUGGAACCGGUGUACGCAAGAUAAUUAGCCACCGGCCUCGUGGACAGAGUACGGGGCCGGGCGUCGGAAGGACCCGGAUUCCGAUCCCUUCUCUGCCGCUUGCCCGCCGUGUGAGCUUGC